AUGAACGUCCCAGGCCCCAGCUCUCACUCGCACUCGCAUCGCCGUGGGACGUCGACCCGCGCACGCGAGAACCAGAACGCGCUCCCUCGCACGUUCCUCCGCGCCCGCGGCGGCCUGGGCGAUCCUCCCACGACUACCUCGGCUGAGGACGACGUCUUUCCACGGCGCGAGCGGAAGAAGCGCUCGCGUGGGGUUUGGAGUGGUACGCCUACGCCUGGUCAGGCCGGGCCGAGCGGGCACGCGAAUAUCAAUGCGAAUACGGAUAUCGAUAUUGGGAAACCGCUGCCGCGUCCGCCGUCGAAGCUUAGGCAGGCUACGCGCGCAGAGUCGAGCUCGCAGGCACCGUUCUUGAAUGUACGGCCUGCCAAGGCUACGAGCAAAGGACAUAAACAGCGCGCCGCGGCGUUGCCGGCUGUGACCUUCGUGGCGGAGACGGACGAGGAGGGAUAUGAUUCCCAGAGCACGCUUGGGAGAGGAAGUGCGGCGAGUAGCGAGUUGUCGAAGUUGCAGGCGCAGAUAUUGGAGUUGAAGAAGCAACUCAAGGAUAAGGAGAAGCAGGCAGAUGAUCACUUGAAGCACGCGACCAAGUACAAGCGCGAAGUUCAGAACUUGCAUAAGUCCUCAAAGGAACAACGCGCCGAACUGGACAAGCUACGCGAUCAACACCAGCGCAACAGCCAGAUCGUCUCCGACGUCGAACAAUCCCUCCAAUGCCAAAUCUGCAUCGACACCCUCUCCCGCCCCUACGCCCUCUCCCCCUGCGGGCACGUCCUCUGCCUCGCCUGCCUCCAAGACUGGUUCCGCCACGCCCCGCUCUCCGCCGCAGACAUGGACACCUCCGACGACGAGAUGCCCUCCCUCGUCCACCGCACCAAAUCCUGUCCUGUGUGCCGCGCGAAGGUGAAGGAACGGCCGCUGCAGCUGUACAUGCUCAAGGCGGUGAUUGCGGCUGUGGAUGGGGCAAGGGAGAAGAGGGAGAGUCCGCCGCUGGAUCUGGGGGACGAUCCGUGGGAGGGGAUAUUCCCCUCUCUCAUCGGGGUGGAGGACGAGGAUCUUGAAGAUCUCGAAGACCUUACCACAAGCGAGGAGGAAGAGGAAGACGAUGAGGAAGGGAGUAGUAUGGACGACGAGGCAUCAGACGAAGAUGGGGGGUUAUUGGACGUCUACGAUAACUCCUCCGACGACGACUACGAGGGCGACUGGGUCCGCCCAACCUGGGCGCCCCCGCACAUCACGCACCCCGCGCGCCUGCACCCCGAGCCCUUCUUCGACGCUCUACUCCGGCGCGGCGCCACGCUACCCAUGAUCGAACGGUUCGACAUGGACUACACGCACGCGGACGGGCUGAGCGUGCAGAACGGGGACAUGCGCGUGUAUCUGGGGUGGAAUGUGUGGUUGGACGAGGAGGAUGGCGAUGGGGGGAGGCUUGUGGAGUGGUUGGAGGAGGAUAUGGAUGCGCGGCCGGAGCGGUGGGUGUUUGAGAGUGGGGGGAGGGUCGCGGUGAGGCUUGUGAGGGGCGAUGGGGAGAGGUAUCAGGAGGCGGAUUCGGAGGAUUGGAUUGAUGAGGAGUCUGAGGAGGAGGGGGCUGGCCAUGAUGAGGAUGAGGAAGAGGAUGAAGAUGAUGAAGAUGAGGAGAUGAAUUGA